UACAAUGGAAUCAAUUACAAUUGCACUCUCAAAAGUGAACAAGCCAAAAACCUCAACCAAGAACUUUGGAUCGCCUUCUUUGACAUCUCAAAGAGUCAAAAUACCUACCAAGAUCUCACAGCUUAUCCUGAAUCUCCUAAUGGAAAGAGAGCUCAAAAUUAUCACACACUAUGA